CCAUCCGAUCAGUGAACGAACUGUGUGUUACGGGUCCAGUAGAUCAAUUUUCGCUCAGAGCAUACAUCUACCUGUUAAUGGAGCCUCCACCCUCUCUGUACCCGUCGUUACUCAUAAGGGUUAAAGUUGGAGUGCACACGAACUGUUCGAUAAAAGUCCCAUAAGGCUCCCGCCUUUUUGUACUUCUUCAAAUGGUUUCGCAUCCUCAAGAUUGAAUAUUUUUACCCGUCUCAUGUUCAAAGUUCACUUCUUUCCGAUCCUCUAAUAGCAAACUAUAUGUUUUUUACAUAAAAGAUAUCAAUUCGAGUCUGCAAAUGUUUGGAGGACUGUCCCAAUUUUAGUUCCAUGUGCCAUUUAAUUUAAUGGGUAUAAUGCUGAAUUUCAUUUGUAUUAGAAUUGUCCGUAGAGCUAGCAUGCAACAAAGCUAUCAUUUGUUGGGGUUGCUUGGAUACCCAUUUUGUUCUCAUCAAUCUGCAAAUAUCUGUAGGACUUUGAAUCUUGAAGCUCACAACUUUGCCAACAAGUCUUGUAAGAACGCCGUCUCUCUUUACCUAGAGCGAGCCAGGCUCAUAGAUCGGAUACGAAUUAUUCUUCGGUCUAAUUCCCCAGAUUCACUUGUUUCUGUCUUGAAUGAUCCUGCUCUGGACUCUUUUGUAGUUGCCAAUGCGCUUAAAUCUGCUCCAUCUCCAGAUGUUGCCCUUUCCUUUAUUGAAACCCUCAAGCAUAUCCCACAUUUCACUCAUAACCAGAACACCCUCUAUGCUUUGGCUAAAAUACUUGCAAAAUCUCAUCAAAUGGGCAAGUUGAAGGCACUCAUAGACGGCAUAAAUGCAGGGAAAUUCAGGAAUGUUGCUCGAGUCAGUUUUAUGGAUCAAAUGAAGUUGUAUGCAGCUGCAGGUGAUCUUGAUUCUGUUCUUUGUGUGUGGCAUGAAUGGAGGGUCUCCCAAAAAUGUCCGAAUAUCGAGUCUUAUAACAUCAUCAUGAUGAUUUGUGCCCAAAUGGGCAAGGACUAUGAAGCUGUUACGACUUUUGGUAGGAUGAUUGAUGAAGGAGGGAUUCCUAAUUCUAGAACAUACACCGUGAUUAUUGAGCAUCUUGUGAAUUCUGGAAACUUAAAUUCAGCAAUGAGAAUAUUCAACUUGUUGCCAUCAUUGCGGGUAAAACACACUUUAAGGCAGUACGCGGUUCUGGUGGAUGCUUUAUGUGGUACUGAUCAGUUUGAAGUGGUUAAAAGCUUGCUCUCUGAAAUGCAGGUGGAUGGAUUUUUGCCUAGCCGAGGGAUGUAUUCAUCACUGCAGCGAAUGCAUGAUGCAGGGUUCAUCGAAGAGACAUUGGAACUGAUAAAAGAAAUGUUGCCUGACCAGAGGAUUGAGAAUGUGAAAAUGUCGUCUGGUGAUUAUUGCGAUGAUGAAGAUGAGGUGGAUGGAAAUGGAGAGUUUGAAUGCUCUCAUAAUAAUGCUAAAGCGGAUGGAAUCAAAUUGAAACCAUGGCUUGACCCAGCCAUUUUGGCUAGUUCUCUGCGUUACUGGAGGCCUGAAGAGGUCUCAUCACUGGAGGAUGCAAAUUUCGUUUGGACAACACGAUUGGUUUCAAAGAUGAUUAGGACCUUCAGUUCAGCUGAAUCAGCAUGGCAAUUCUUCUGCUGGGUUGCCAAUCAACCAGGAUUCAGUCACGAUGUUCACACGGUAUCGAGGAUGAUUACCAAAUUAGCUCGUGAAGGAAAUGUUAAUAUGGUUGAAGAACUCAUAUCCAUCAUAAAAAUUGAGGGUAUAAAGUUGUCAUAUGGUACUAUCAGAACGGUUAUUGAUUACUAUGGCGUAUCAGGGAAGGGUGAAGCUGCUCUUAAGGUCUUUCAAAAUGUUAAACCCCUUUGUGGUACAUUGCCAACAAACUGUCUUUUGUCUUUGUAUUCAUCCAUCUUGAGAACAUUUACCAAGUGUAAAAUGAAUUCUAAGGCCUUGGAUACACUUGAUGAGAUGAUUUUAUGUGGGAUUCUACCAAAAAUUCAAACCUUUUCAGAAUUGAUGCAUCAUUUCGCACUUGAGGGGGACAUGAAAACAGUUCAGAGGCUCUUUGGGAUGGUUAAGCAGGGUGGAAUAGAACCAGAUGGUUAUAUGUUUAAAGUUUUAAUACGUGCUUAUUGUAACUCCAAUAGAGCUGUGUUGGCUCUUAGAGCCUUUGAAGAUAUGAAAAGCUCUAAUCUGAUGACCGAUGUUUCUACAAAGCGUUUGCUUGUGAAGAGUCUGUGGAAAGAAGGCAAAUUGAGGGAGGCUGCAGCUGUUGAAGAAACAAAUAUGGAGGCAAAUAAUGACUCAUAUACUACGAGUGCUGCAAAUUUUCAAAGAGUUUACAGAGUUUAUUCUAGUAGUUUUCCAACUAUAAUUGGUAAAAAAGAUCUUUGUGAAGAGGGUAGUAUCAAUUCAUAAUGCCAUUGAGAACCUCCAGAGUGGGUCAUACUGGGUUCCUCUGGUUGGUUUCAGUUGUUUUUUAUUCUCUGAAAUAGAACUCCUUGGCUGCAUUUCCAAUCUUCUUGAAAUGCAUCUUUGAACCCAACAACUAUUAGCGCAUCCAAAGGUUCCAAACAAGCUAUGCUAAGUUUUAGCAGACAUAGAGCAAGUUCGUCUUGAUCUAUGACGAAACCAAGGGCGUGUUUGGCUUGCAAACGAGGGUCAAUAAGGUAAUUUAGCUUUCCUUUUGCAUGCUUUUCAUCACCCAUACUUGAAAGAACUUCUUCCGAUAG